GCUGGGCUAACCAUGGCUGAGGACAAGAAGGAGGCGGGGUUCUGCCUCACCGCGCUCUAUAUAAGCGGGCAGUGGCAGCGGCUGCGCGGUGGUACUGACCUUCAGUGUCUCGACUCUUGUGCAAUGGCGCCCUCCAGGAAGUUCUUCGUGGGAGCGAACUGGAAGAUGAACGGGCGAAAGAAGGGGCUGGGGGAACUCAUCACUACUCUGAACGCGGCCAAGGUGCCGGCCGAUACCGAGGUAGUCUGUGCACCCCCCACUGCCUACAUCGACUUUGCCCGGCAGAAGCUAGAUCCCAAGAUUGCUGUGGCUGCGCAGAACUGCUACAAAGUGACUAAUGGGGCCUUUACGGGGGAAAUCAGCCCUGGCAUGAUCAAAGACUGUGGAGCCACCUGGGUAGUCCUGGGGCACUCGGAGAGAAGGCAUAUAUUUGGAGAGUCAGAUGAGCUGAUUGGGCAGAAAGUGGCCCAUGCCCUGGCAGAGGGACUCGGAGUAAUCGCCUGCAUUGGGGAGAAGCUAGACGAGAGGGAAGCUGGCAUCACUGAGAAGGUCAUUUUUGAGCAAACCAAAGUCAUCGCAGAUAAUGUGACCGACUGGAGCAAGGUCGUCUUGGCCUAUGAGCCUGUGUGGGCCAUUGGUACCGGCAAGACUGCAACACCGCAACAGGCCCAGGAAGUGCACGAAAAGCUCCGAGAAUGGCUGAAGUCCAAUGUCUCUGAUGCAGUGGCUCAAAGUACUCGCAUCAUUUAUGGAGGUUCUGUGACAGGGGCCACCUGCAAGGAGCUGGCAAGCCAGCCUGAUGUGGAUGGCUUCCUGGUGGGUGGCGCAUCCCUUAAGCCCGAAUUCGUGGACAUCAUCAAUGCCAAACAAUAAACCCCAUCCAUCUCCCCUCCCCCUUCCUGCUGAGCCAGGGACUAGGCAGCCCAGAAGCCCAAUAACUGCCCCCCCCACAUUGCUUCUGAUUGUGUCACCUGCCUCCUAAUGGCCUAAUCCAGACUGUACCCUCCUUUGCUGUUUACACCUUCCCCUGUAAUGAUUGGGACCAGGCCGAUCACUUCUUCACUUACUAUAAUGGUUGGAACGAAACAUGUCACCAAGGUGGAAGGGGUGGAGCUUGCCCAUGGAUCCCCUCAGUCCCUAGUAGGGGCAGGAAAGAAAAACCUUCCUCUCUUACACCAUGAGGUCAGGGGCCGAGAGAAAGCCCUGUCCU